GCGGUGGGACAAGACCACGGCUUCCCACACAACUCGGACGUCUGUACAGUCCACACACUCUCACCCACGGAAUUCUCCAGCACCCUACUCCGCUUUGCUACUCCAGUCACCGCACCCCUACCUCUCGCUUGCCACUCCUCCGUCGUGCACAUGUCCGGAACACGUCCUGGUGCCAAUCCCGGCGCCAAGCCCGGUGCUAAGCCCGGCGCCAAGCCUGGAGCCAAGCCAGGCGCCAAGCCCGGUGCUAAGCCUGGCCGAUCGAGCGCUGGAAGUUCUGCAUCGUCGUCGCGCAAAGUCUCGAUGGGCUCCGAGGCGGUCACCGCGCUGACGGCGAACAUGUCGCGGUUCCAGGACAUUGUGGGCAAGGCGAUGCAGGUCAUGCAUCCGAUGUCGGGCGAGUGGUCGCUGCUCAAGGUGACAGGCUCGGUGCCGUCGGGCCGGUACAACGCUGCGGUGAAUGUUAUUGGCUCGAACAUGUACGUGUUUGGUGGCACCAAGGGCGGUGGGCGGCGUCUCCACUUUAACGAUGUGUACGUGCUCAACCUCGAGACCGGAGAGUGGACGAUGCCGCGCGUUUCGGGCACUCCGCCGUCACCGCGGCAGCAGGUGGCGUCUGCCGUGGUCGGCUCGCAGAUCUUCUACUUUGGCGGCAUCGACAGCCGAAAGGUGGCGCGGUUCGACGACCUGUACAUUCUCGACACCGAGACGAUGUCGUGGAUUGCGCCCGAGACUUCUGGCGACAGUCCAACGGCGCGGUCGGGCGCGUCGGCGGCGUUCUUCAACGGAGUGUUCAUGGUCAUCUUUGGGACCAACAGCGAGGGCAUGGCGGUCAACGAUGCGUACGUGCUCGAUGUUGACACCUUUGCCUGGUCGGAGCACACCCACGCCGGCUUUGAUCCGUUUGCGGAGGAGGAGGAGCGGCUUAUUGAUGCUGGCGCCUCGCUGGCUGACAUUGUCACGGCCCGGGCCCUCAAUGCCAAUCCCAUCCCGCCGGCCCGCACAGAGGCCGCGGUCGAGGUUGUCGGCGAUGCACUGUACGUAUUUGGCGGCUUCUCGGCGCGUGGCCAACACCUCCACGACAUGCGCUACUUGCGCAACGAGACAUGGAAGCAACCGUUCUUCUACGGCCCGCACACCCGCGGCGUUCGCAACCAUACCAUCUCAUGCCUCUCCGACUGUCUCCUCUACGUCUUUGGCGGCGAGAACCUCGGCGCCUCUUUCUGCACCAACAGCAACCUGGUGGUCUUCAACACCGAGACCCAUACCCGCUGGCAGAUGACCGCAUCUGGCGACGUGCCGGCCUCUCGCACCGGCCACGGCUCGGUCGCCUUUGGCAACUCGUUGUACAUCUUUGGCGGCUACACGAACAAGGCCUGUGCUGACGUCUACGUCUUUACCCCGACAGCUCCUGAUGCCGGUGCAUCAUCAUCGUCGUAAACCGCAUUGCAAUCACAAGUUGCACACGCUUGCAAGCCGUCGCUCCCGUCUUACUACCGGCUUCUCGGACAUGAGCCCGAGCCCGAGCCC